AUUGAACGGUUGAAUCUCUCAACAAAUAUCUUCAGCGGACCAAUUCCGAUAAAUCCAUCUUUGAAUCUUCCAUUGUCGCUUAAGAGUCUGCGGUUUUCCCAAAACAAUUUGAGUGGUAGGCUUUCUUUCAUUUGGCUUGGAAACCUGACAAAACUAGAAGUGAUAGACCUUUCAGGCAAUGCUAACCUAGUUGUUGAUGUCAAUAUUCCUGGAUGGACACCUCUGUUCCAGUUGAAACAGCUAUUACUCUCUGGUUGUGAUCUUGACAAGAGCAUUAUUGCAGAACCACGUUUUUUACACACACAGCGUCAUCUAGAGGUGGUUGAUUUAUCCAACAAUAACUUGUCAGGUAGCAUGCCGAAUUGGCUGUUUACAAAGGAAGCAACACUACAGUAUCUAAAUCUUGGAAAUAACUCGCUAACUGGAUUGUUGGACCCAAUAUGGCAUACCCAAUCUUUUCUCCAUGUUAUCAACAUACACAUGAACCAUAUUGCAGGACAGCUGCCGGCUAACAUCAGCUCAAUGUUUCCAUGUUUGUCUGUUCUGGAUUUUUCUAAUAAUAACCUCCUUGGGCACAUACCAUCUUCACUGUGCGAGAUCAGCUUAAUGCAACAUUUAGACCUAUCGAACAACAAACUUUCUGGGGAAGUUCCAGCUUGUGUGUUCACUAAUUAUCCCAUGCUAAUGACCUUGAAGGUAUCAAACAACAAGCUUGGUGGUGUGAUUUUUGGUGGGAUGAAUAAUCUGUCCAUUAUGUCAGAAUUGUGCCUGGACGGUAACAAAUUUGAAGGGACAAUAUCUCAUGACCUGUCAGGGGUUUUAGAAAUCAUGGAUUUGCAUGAUAACGAGCUGUCUGGCAGACUCGAUAUGUCAUUGUGGAAUCUGUCUUCUUUGGUGAUCCAGAAUCUUUCAGGCAAUCGUCUGGCCGGCAAAAUUCAUCCUCAAAUUUGUGGCUUGGCAGGAAUUCGACUUUUCGAUCUAUCUAGCAACAACCUUGCAGGGUCUGUGCCAAACUGUAGCUUUCUAUUGCUCAAUUUUCUUAACUUGUCUGGGAACUCCUUAUCUGGCGAUAUCUCGUAUUCCUUUUUCAACACAUCAAGUCUGGUUGCUUUGGAUAUAAGACACAAUCAGUUCACGGGCAACCUUCACUGGGUACGCUAUCUUGGUAACACCAGGCUACUUUUCUUGAGUGGAAACAAGUUUGAAGGGCAGAUCAGUCCAAUCCUGUGCAAACUCCUGUACUUGAGGAUAAUUGAUUUGUCACAUAACAAGCUUUCAGGUUCAUUACCAGCAUGUAUUGGUAAUAUCUCUUUCAAAGGCGAGACAGAUGAUCAGAUUUUUCAGCCAGUCCACGGGUUUAUAUCCUACUUCUACAGAAAUUUCUAUACCCCCAAAAAGUACAGUAAUUCCUAUGACUUCAAAAGCUUCGCCUUUGCUACAAAAGGGAAUCUGUACACAUAUGGUCGCAGUUUCUUUCUUUCGAUGUCUGGCAUCGACCUGUCUGCAAACAUGCUGGAUGGAGAAAUUCCUUGGGAGCUAGGAAAUCUAAGCCGUAUCAAAUCCCUUAACCUGUCAUACAAUUUUUUUGUUGGCCCAAUCCCAGCAACCUUUGGUGGCAUGAAGGAGAUAGAAAGCUUGGACCUCUCCCACAAUGAGUUGAGUGGACUGAUACCUCAGCAGUUAACCCAGUUAUCAUCAUUAGGGGUCUUCUCCGUGGCAUACAACAACUUGUCAGGAUGCAUACCGAACUCUGGUCAGCUCGGGUCGUUCGGCAUACAGAGCUACCUAGCAAACACCAACCUUCACAAGAUCACACAUGGCAACAUGUGCACUGCUCCCGGUCCAGAUCCAGCGCCGGAGGAACAUGUGGGUGAGAUGUUUGGUGAUCCAGUGCUAUACGUGGUCACCGCUGCCACGUUCGUGUUGGCAUUUUGGGCCACCAUUGGAUUCUCAUUUUGCCAUCCCUACGGAAGGUCUGUAAUGCUCAAGCUGUAGUCUGUCCAAAGGAAAAAUUGGUCGCCAUGCAUGUACCUUAUACUAGAAGAUGCAGUAGUAGGUUUCGAGCAUAAAAGAGAAGCCGAAUGGUGCAAAUUGUCCCAAAGAUUGACCAAAUGAAUGAAGAGGCAGCAAACACCAACAGCUUCUAUAUAUAGUAUUUAUUUUUUUCCCACGUCGUGUAGGCUGAUUGUGAUGCGGUGGAAAAAGAUGGUAGUGCGGACAAAAAUCUCUAGAUAAUUGUAAGUAAAUAUAUUUUUGAAGCGACA